AUGACUCGGUCCAGAAACAACAAUGACGAUGCCGGCUUUGGGCGCGUGAAAGAGGAAGUCGAUGUUGACUCUUUAUUAUCAAACGUCGAGCUUGCUAGCAAUCUUCAGACGAAGAAUUCAGCCAAGACCAACACUGCUGCACACAGUGGAGCACCCUCCCUACUGGAUUCUCUGUCUCCCGCCGACAUUCAAACGUUGGCGCUCCUACUAAAGCCAGCCCUUAUUGAUCAUGACAAUCCAAACGAAAAUAGAGUGACAACAGACUCACCGCCUGAAAAAUCUGAAACAUCAACCAGAGAUGAUUCGUCUGAAGCAGCAAUUACAAAAGAGAAGGAUGACACAGAAUGGUACGCCCCCUUUGGGGAGAGCACAUACUCUCUCUUCUGUGUAUGUAGUAUCAAUAGCCUGGCCUUUUGGUAUGCGGCAUUUGUCUAUGUCCUCCAGAUCACAACCAUUGUGCUGACAAUGAUCGAUGUCAUUGAUUGGAAUGGCGAUGUCAAUGAACUGUGGAUGAGCAUGCCCCCCAUGGUUGAUUCAACUGUUACUAUUGCUCAAGGGGUUACCCUCUUUCAGGCCAUAGCCUUCCAGUCUGACCUGAUUGAAGCAAUCCUGAAACUACAUGGUGGUUUCCACGCAGAGGUCUUGGAAAAACACCCAGGAGCUACUUACCCAACCUGGCUUGUAUGCUGUUUUGCACAGCUCUUUGCUGGCCUCCUACUGCUUGUGACAAUCUUUGUCUUGAUUAUGCAAGUUGAUACAGUCUUGGAUAUUAUGCUCAACUUUGCUGCACUUGAAUUCAUGGCCAACAUUGACGAUGUGGCAUUUUCCCUAGCAAAGGCUGGUUUCAUUGGGUGGGCUACCAUUGUAGCAUUUCGAACUACAGGAAAGUUCAUGUGCAAGACAACUAUAGUGAAUAUGGGAGAUGACUUUGUUGCAGCCCUUGGAGCAUUCAACGGGAUGUACGAUUUGGAUUUGUCUGGAAACGUUCAAAUCAGUGGACGAGGUCAGUAUGUGGAGAGGCGUUCUGUGGAGAUCGAUACUCCUGGUAGAGGUAUCUUUGGAUAUUGUUCUGAAAUCAGUGCUUGGACAUUCCGGGUGGAAUCAUACAGCAGCAAUGAGAAUGAAGGCCCCUGCGACUGGGUUGCCAGAUCAUCUCAAACAGAUACUUACGACAUCACAGAGGCGGUGGGGAGUCCUUGGUUUGUCCGGGACGACUCAUUGCAUGAAGUGGUGUUGGAACCAUUCAGCCUCUUUUGCUUUGACUGCACUCGGAAGGGCAUGGAUGGAAGUGAUGAAUGUGGUGGGAAAGGAACCUGCAGUAAUGCGGUCUGUGAUUGUGAAGAUGGCUGGUAUGGGCUCAGAUGCGAGUUUGUCAGCCCUUGUCCUUGGAUUACCAUUGAUGCUCGAACAGAGAAGUUUGCCAGUACCAGGGAUUGGGCAAGUGACUACCAAUCCAUUGAAUUGACCGGUGGUGCAUAUGUCGAAGCCUACCAUCGACCAAUCUACAUUCACGAAUAUGAGAGUGGUGACUAUGAUGUGGUCAUGUUCACUGGGGGCCGUUGGGUUCUAUCAUCAUCAAAAUUCUUGCCAAAUGGUGGAAGAAUCCAAGCCAGUGAUCUGUUGGAGGGUCAAAUUGAUGUUGGUUCUGACAUUGGAAACUUCUUCCAACAUAGCUACCAUGCCUACAAGGGCUUCUCAGGCAACUUGUCCGUUGCUUUUCUGAGUGGCUUCAUGAAGCUUGGGACAGAAGGAGACUUGAGCUCGCCCGUUGGCUUCCAUUGGUAUCACGCUGAAGAAGCUACAGCUGACUACAAGAACCAGGGCACUGGCAAGUUGGUUGAUACAGAAUUUCUGUGCCAUACUUGUGAUGAUGAUUCAAACCCCUGCCUUUAUAAUGGUAUAUGCAUCGAAGGUAGAUGCCAGUGCUCCUAUGACUCCUUUGGAAGUCUUUGUGAAAUUCCACCAGUUGGCAAUGGUCACUGCGAUCCAUUUUUCAACGUACCUGAAUUCCAGAUGGAUGGUGGUGAUUGCUGUGAUUUCACGUGUAAAAGUACCUCAGAGUAUGUUUGUGGGACAGAUGAUCAUGGGUAUGUCAGCAUGGGAUACUUCUAUUGCGAUCUACCUGAUGAUGAAUGGCAAAGUUAUUACGUGAACGGCGACCCUGGCUCAUUCUCUGGUUAUGACAUUGAUCUUGUUGGCACAUCGGUGGCCAUUGCGGAACCUGCACAGGGCCGUGUUCGUGUCUAUGACAAGUUCGGAUCCUCUUCAAUCUUAAGAGACACAAUCUUUGGGCUUGGAGUAAGAGUGAAAAUCUCCUCAGGGCCCUUCAAUGUUGUCAGCAACCCAAGUUUCAAGGCUCCCAUUGAGAUUGCCAUUCAAUUGUUUGAACCUUACCAUACGCUUCAAAUCUUCAAGUGCCUCUCAAAUGGCUGUACUCAGACACAGGAACUCCCUAAUGUGUUUGAUUUUGAUUUAUCCAAGGAUGGUACAGUCCUUGCAGUAUCAGUUAGCAAGACGGACGACCUGCCUACUCAUUUGCAAGUCUAUGAAUCAAUAGAAGGGAUUUUUCAGUUCAGAGCAAACAUCACGAUUGCAAGAGACAACAUCAAUGCUUCCCUCUUAUCAAUAUCUUUGGACCAUGAUGGUAGCCGGCUGGCUGUGCAAUCUCAGCUAAGUCAACCUGGAACACAAAAUGCCCUCACAGCAACCAAAGGAUAUGUGGAUGUCAUGGUCUGGAAUGGAGUGUCAAGAGUCUAUGAAAUUGAGGCUGAGUUUCCAUUUGCAUCCCGUCUUUCUGCCAUGGAAUACCAGCUUUCAUUGAGACUGAGCGAAGAUGGAAGCGUCCUUGCCUUUGGCAUUCCUGAGUGCCUAGAACCCCAGCUUCAGGUGCGCGUACGCAAAGAAGAGGAAAAUUGGGUGGCUCGAUCGUCCCCAGCAAUAGACUCCACUGGCUGUGUUGAUAGUGCAAACUUCAACAGCAACAAUGCAUUGGCACUCUCCAGCAAUGGAUCCAGGGUAGCUUUCAGGGUUGGAACCAACGUUAGUGUUUUUGACUGGGACUCUGAAACAGAAGUGUGGGCUGAUGAUGUUGAAACCAUCUCUCAUUUGACGGCCUAUUCAGUUUCCAUGUCAGCAGAUGGCACUGGCUUUGCAGUAGGGGCACCUCAGGAUGGCAGUGGUGGAGUUACUGAGAUAUUUUAUUUGCCUGAAAGAAAAGAAUGCCCCGGGGGCACGUCACUCUUGCGAAUUUCACUAACCGUUGACAGCGUGAUGCUUCUUUACAUUUCAUGGAAACUGCUGAACAAAAGCACAGGUGAAGUCAUGUUUGAGCAAGGGCCAUACGGUGUGGAGUAUCAAUGGGCAACCUUUGUAGAGGAAGCAUGUGUCCCCACCGAUUCUUGCUACACCUUCUCCAUUUACAACAAAAUCGGUCAAGGGUUGGUAUCCCCUGCACAAUAUGCACUCUUCUUGGAUGGUGAAAAAGCUCUACAUGGCACCUUCGAUGGACUUUUUGAAAGAAAAGAACUUGGACGUUGCGACUCUUGCCCUCCUGGCACUGAGCGUUUUCGUGUCAUGAUGCUGUCAUGUGCGCCGGUGUCGUGGAAGCUACGUGGCACAACCAACCAAGUUGCCACCAAUGGAACGUAUUUCGACACUUUGGCACAGAGCGGUGAUGGCUUUGUGGUUGAUGUUUCCUGCAGCGCUGAAUGGUUCAAUGAUACCUGUACAGAUUGGUCCUACUAUGAAACUUGCCUAGAUCCACAGCAGUGCUAUGCUUUCAAAACAGAUUCAAACCCCGAAGCUUUCCUUGAAGUCGAUGCUUUCGGAGACAAACGGGUAAAGGGGGAUCUCAUCUGUUUUGGCGAUGCCCUCAUUUUUGGCAAUUUGCAUGCCUGUGACGAAAGGAUUUGGAAGGUUUUGCAUUCUGAAAAAGCUUGA